AUAUCACGUGACUUGCAAUGAAGUCGAUCAAGCCUUCCACUGGGUUGAUCAUGCAGUGAGAGACUGUGUUCGCGAGAAGGUACAGUUCUCCUAAAAUAUUCUACUAGUGAAGACUCCAAAAAGUAAAAGGGAAAAUGAAGGAAUAUGUUACAGAUUAGUCCUCUAGUCAUGACAAGUCUUGAGCACGGAAACGGCCCUACGAAACUUCGGGUUACGGUGUUAUGUGCCAAGAACUUGGUAAAAAGAGAUUCGUUUCGGUUGCCUGACCCAUUUGCCAGGAUAGCGGUUGAUGGAAGCGGCCAGUGUCAUUCAACACGAUCAAUUAAAGGGACUUUAGAUCCAAAAUGGAACCAACAUUAUGAUCUAUUUGUGAGUAAAAACGACUCCAUCACUGUUAGCAUAUGGAAUCAGAAGAAAGUUCAUAAAAGACAAGGCGCAGGUUUCCUCGGCUGUGUAAGACUGACGUCUCAAGCAAUACUGCGUUUGAAAGAUACAGGAUACCAACGACUAGAGCUGAACAACAUCUCCCCAUACGUUCAGGAUUAUGUACGUGGACAAAUAGUUGUGAGCAUCGAGACAAAAGGAGGAACCAAUGCGAUUGUUGACUCUCGAGGUAUUGUGACAUCAACACCAGCUGUGUGCACCGAUAUCUUUGAGCUCCCCCCAGGAUGGGAGGAGCGAACUACCCCAAAUGGACGCAUCCAGUAUGUUAAUCACGUUACCAGGACCGUUCAGUGGGAAAGACCCACAAGGUCUGCCUACGACUACCACGUAUCUCGAGCAGAAAAUGGCGUCAUCGUCCAACGUUCGGGAACAAAUUUAUCGUCAUCACUUUCGAAUUCACCUCCGUCAUCAAUUAGCUCGUCACCGGGAUCCUCAUCUGCUUCGUCCUCUCGCCUUACAACUGAAUCGAGUUCGUCCGGCGAGGAUCCGAUCACGAACCGACUGAGAGAGCGUCGAGAUAGGCGAGAGCGUCGGCAAUCAGCUCGCCACGAGAGCUUCAUGAAUAGGACUUUGAUUCACGGAGCCCAGGCUCCUGAAAACUUUGACCGUAAAACGACACCACAAGGACAGGUGUAUUUUGUAAAUAGAAUCACUGGUCAUACCACUUGGCAUGAUCCCCACAUGCCUAGGGACACAAGUUUUCUGACCGAGCAAGAACUUGGUUCUUUACCCGAUGGCUGGGAAAUCAGGCAUACGGCAACUGGUAGGGUGUAUUAUGUAGACCAUAACACACGGACCACCCAGUUUACAGAUCCAAGACUUUCGCAACUAAGACAGCUUCGUUCAGAUUCAAGUAGAAAGACGUCGUCGCUAGUUAGCUCGCCCAAAGAAGAGUUACCAAAGUACAAAAGAGAUUUAAUGCAGAAAGUCAAAACGCUGAGGUCGGAAUUAUCAUCGUUACGUCAGAUGUCCGGUCAUGCAAGGGUGGAAGUUUCAAGAGAGGAUGUUUUCGAGGAAUCUUAUAGAGCUGUCAUGAGAAUGAAAGCAAGAGAUUUCAGGAAACGUUUGAUGGUGAAAUUCAAAGGAGAGGAUGGUUUGGAUUACGGGGGCAUCGCAAGGGAAUGGCUGUUUUUAUUAUCGCACGAAAUGUUUAAUCCGUAUUAUGGACUUUUCCAAUAUUCCAAAGACACUCAGUAUACACUAGAAAUUAAUCCGGAUUCGGGCGUUAAUCCGGAUCAUUUAUCAUAUUUCCAUUUUGUGGGCAGAAUCGUCGGCAUUGCAGUUUUUCAUGGUCACUAUUUAGAUGGUGGCUUCACGAUGCCAUUUUACAAGCAGAUGCUGUCGAAACCUUAUGAGCUUAUUGAUCUAGAAAGUGUAGACCCAGAGCUUCAUCGAAGUCUAGAAUGGAUGCUGGAUAAUGACAUAACGAACAUAAUUUAUCAAUCCUUUGCGGUCGAGAAAAGUUCUUUUGGCACUUUGAAUUCAUUUGAGCUGAAACCAGAUGGCAAAGACAUCCCUGUCACUGAAGAAAACAAGAAAGAAUACGUGCAGCUUUUUGUCAACUGGAGGCUAAGACAUGGCAUUGAGCCACAGUUUUCUGCAUUCCUGAAAGGUUUCAACGAAAUCGUACCUCAGCAUCUUCUCAAAGUCUUUGACGAGAGAGAGCUUGAGCUCUUAAUAUGUGGCUUGGGUAAAAUCGAUCUGAAUGACUGGAAAACACAUACAAGGCUGAAGCACUGUACAGUUGACCACCCAGUUAUCAAGUGGUUUUGGAAGGUUGUUGAUUCAUACGACGAAGAGAAAAGAGCUCGUCUAUUACAGUUCGUCACAGGGUCAUCCAGGGUUCCUGUUCAAGGAUUCAAAGCUUUGCAGGGUUCAACUGGAUCAAACGGACCACGGCUGUUUACUAUCAACGUGACUGAAACGAAUCCUAAUAGUUUGCCCAAGGCACACACAUGCUUCAAUCGUCUGGAUUUACCAACCUACGAAUCGUUCGAGAAGCUACACGACAAGCUGACCCAGGCUGUCGAGGAGACCUGUGGAUUUAACAUCGAGUGAGAGUCCACUUUUGAUGUAUAUCUCGCAAAGGGUGCUCAAAAUACGUAUCAUUGAACCCCGAUUAUCAAUGACGUCGAAACUGGCCGUUGUGUUCUUUCUGAUCACAGAGUCAUAUUGCUCUAGCUCUGCUGUCAACCUUGCAGAGUUGUUGCGAAGGAGCAAAACUAAUGACUGCGGAAGAGUUCACCUGGAAUAGAGGCUUGACACAAAUGACAUUGUGACAAAUACUUAUUUGUACCUUGAAAACGGUGUGACUGUUAUUGGUGGUAGUUACCAAAAACCUCUCCCCUGAAAGUCUACUCUUAUGCUCAAGCUUGGCACAUACAUUCUUGUAUAUUGGAAUUGGAAAUUGUGCUGAGCGGUGUCAAAAAGUCGAGAUCAUGGUAUUUCUACAUCCGGUUCUCGGCUGCCCAUCCAGCAAAAGCUAUUUAACCUUCAAAAGAAGAAAACUUAUGAUAAACCCGGUUGGAUUUUCAGCAAACAGUAUCAUAGCUUUGUUUCACCAGCAUUUUAUAUUGCUACUAGCGCACAAAAAUGCUGCUUAGUGGAGCGUGUAUUUGGAAGAUAUCUUUGGUCUAAUCUCAAGAUCUUUGUUGACUCCUCUUAGGAGAGGCAAUCUUGGCAGCUUCCCCAAAUAGUCACGGCCGAUAAAUUCUGGUUUUCUAAAUACUUAAAAUUGAAAAGUUAUAGCUCAGUAAUUAGAUAAUCAUUCUUGUUCAUGCAGUCACCUCGUUCUCUCAAAAGGCGUUAUUUAUUUUUUUGAAGUGAAAAUAUUUUAGUGAUCGUGUACACCUGUUCAUAGUGCGAGCCAAAAGUCUCUAAAAGUCACUGGGUAGGAAUAAGGUCCAAGGUAGCAGUGACCAAAGGACUUCAGCGGGACUUAUUGAAUUGGCAGUAACUUAAGUGUCAUUGUAGACGUAAUUUGUUCCUGGCUUUUCCUUUUUCUUCACAAUUAAAAAUAUACCUAGGCUUUUUGGUGUGGAGUCACAAACGAUCAAACAAGUUUGAGGAAGAAAUUUUUCUUCUAUGAAAAGUUUGCGCUGAUUGAGAAUUAAGAACUCAUAUAUUCUAUUCAACACAUCUCAUAUUUUAUUUAUCAACAUGUGAAACUGCGGGUUAACAUAUACACCUCCACAGUGGAUGAAUUUUAGUAAGGCGUUUUGGCUUUUUUAAAUUGGAAAAAACUUCAAGUUGUUUAUAGUUUGCAGUUCUUUAAAUGAAAGCCCUCUGAAACACAUUGAGUAAAAUUUUGCGUGAACGAGGUUUUUUAAAUCAACUGUAUCGUGUAUUAUACGAAUUUAGUAUCUUAGUUUGGUAGAUAUAUUAUUUUAUAGUUUUAAUAUUGACCAGGUCUGGCUGUCUAUCAGCUGUCCUCGACUAUUGAUCGAUAGUACGCCUAAUUGUAUCCCUCUCUAUUACCUAGGCAACCCCAUGUCUUUUUUUGGAACCGUCACCCCAACCAUAUCAGAGCAAUUGCUACUUGAAUUCGAUCUGGUGAAUGAAAACUUUGAAAAAUGUUUAGUUCCUUUUUGCCACAAAUAAACGAACGGCAACCGUCAGUGUUUUCCCUCGCCAGUGUUUGCCUUACUCUAAGCCUUGUCCCACUCCUUGAAAUUUUACCUCUAGGUGAGACUGCUUAUACACAAUAGAACGCUUAUUCUUGAAGUUAUCUAUUUUUUCUGGACUUAAUUUCCACGCUGUUUUAUUUAUGUUGACACAUGGAAACAAGGCCUUUGAUCUGAUUAUAACUCAGCACUUUUUAGUUGCGCUAAAAAACUUGUCUUUGCAUAUCAUUAAAUUAAAGCCAAGCAAGAAGCUUACAAUUGUUUGGCCCCUCUGUUUUAUACACCUACAGUCAAAAAUUCCCCUGUUCUGCUUACCAUUACAAGAAGCAGACAUUGGACAAAAGUUCAGGUCUUCAAAAUCAAAUCGAGCUCAGAAUCUUCGAUCAAAGGCCUUAACUUUUUGUGCCUCCUGUCUUGAAGUCCUGUAUAACCAUACAUGUUUUCAUAGCUUUGUAAAUAAAUUUAUUGUAGAUUUGCCUCAGAUCUUAUGUUUUCUAUAAUACGCCAAUUGAUACCAAAAUGGAAAAAUUCUCAAAAUUAAAUUGCCAGUUUGGGUCUUUCAUUCUUGUUUUUCUUUCUGGAAGUUUUAAGUUGGCUGCGUGCAGUUUGAGUUCAAUUGGCCAUUAUUUCUCAAGUAUUCCUAUUUUAAAGCAUUGUUUGUAUAGUUGCGCAACAGAUCCCAGGGGAAGGUAAAAUCGUGCGUAUUCGCAUUUAACCGUUUGGAGGAAUGCCCCAUGGAAUUUGUUUUUUCCAAUUGGGAAAUACUAUGAUGGCAAAAAGCAUUGGAGAAAAGUCCACUUGGGACGAAGCUUCAUUAUUGCAAAAUUUAAAAAUUUGAACCUUGCGAUCAACGUGUUGAUCGUUUAAAUGGUUAUAUAAAAUAGCUUGUAUGAAAAACUGUUGCAGCUAAAAGGAGUAUUGUGCCUAAGCCAACGUUUUAUGGUUGAUAGAAAAAUGGUCCUGGCGGUGCUGAAUUUUCUAAAAAAGCUUUUAAGUAAACAAGGUGUUAUAGAAAGAAAUCAGAUUGACGCGGAUGGACAUUGAUGUAGUUGACUUCAUUUACGAUUUGAGUUAUGGCGACAAGAUUCUACUCAACAGUGGGAUUUCGCAGUAGCCAUGAUUGACGAUGAGAGACGCCCUCGAUCAAGUUGAAGAAGUUCAAAGUAAGGGCAACGACAAACGCAGCAUAUUCGCAGGAAGCAAAUUCUGGUGAGUUUCUGCCUUCAUUUUCGGAAUGUUUUAGUUAAAAGGUCAUUACAACGCACAAAUACAACGGUGCAAAUUGUUUCACAUUUGAAUUCGAAGAACAUUUAGAUAACGGAUCACCCAGACUACUUCAUGAACUUUAUGAUUCUAUUUGUCCCACUAACUCCUUGAUAAGAGCCAAACACGUCUAACGUCUACCUUUAAGUGCCUAGAAACAUUAAAAUCUAGACUGCUCUUUGCCUAUCCCGUUUAAACAACAAUUUCAAAAGUUAAAGCAUAUUAAAUUGUUCAGGAACGAAAAACAAUAGAGGGGAAAGUUAUACUAAGCGGCGAGCAUAAAAAUUUGACUCAUUUCUUGAUUUGGACAACAAAUAAGAAUGAAAAAAUAAAGAUAGGCGUUAUUAUACGUAUUUUGCGAUGAAGAAACAUACUUUCAGAAUGUUAAGAAAACGAAGCUCAGAUUUGAAGUUAUUACAUGAUAAUUCACUAGUUAGAGAAUACAGGGAAGCUUAGUGAGUGAAACGAGCAAUACCAAAAGUAUCACUGUUUUAAUACGUUCGUAUUGCCUUAAUACUUAAUCUAUAUUAUGAUAGCAUAGUAAGAGUAUCAUUUCUGUCAUCAAAUUUAUAGGGGAAGUAAACAAAUAAUAUGAGCUAAGAAUUGGCCUAAAUUACAAGUC